CAUCCUUCCAUCACUUUCUUCUUCUGCUCGAGAGAUCACACGCUCGGUUUAUUCGUUAGCAGGUUCGUUCGGUGAAAUCGAUGUCGUCCGCCGCCUCAUUGCAGUCGACGAUGCGGCCGGCAGCACCAGGACUUGGGCGCCAGCUGCACGGGUCGCCGUCGCCGCCCUGCCACGGUCCGGUGCUGCGACCGAGGAGUCCGCGGGCGGUGCCGAUGGCGACGGUGCGCUGCGGCGCGUUCCGCCGGGACCACUACGGGGGCGCGCUGGCGGACGAGGGCAUGGCGGUGCUCCGGCGGAGGAUCCGCGAGGCGCGGAUGGCCGAGACCAACUACGAGGCGCCGCCGGGGUGGGCGGCCUGGGAGAAGCGCUACUACCGGGCGUAUGUCUCCGAUGUGUCCACGCUCGCCGGCGCUCUGCAGUUGCUGGCCAUGGACACCAGGCCGGGCGUCGCGGCUGCUGUUGCCGCGCUGGUGCUCGCCGGAUUGCCGGUGUCCGCCGUCUUCGCGCUGCACCUCCUCGGGCAGGCGGCGGGAUCCGUUUUGCACCUUGUUUCUUGACGGACUAGCAUUCAUUCGCCGGCAGUGUGUGCUGUCUGUGUCUAUAGAUAAUUAGAUACACAGUUUUUAGAAAAGGAAUUAGAUACACAGUGCAAUGGAGAUAUGUAAUUCUUUUGGUUUUAGCCGGAGUAUAUAUGAA